AUGGGCUGUCGUGCUUCUUUUACAACUGCUGCUCUUGUUCCUCAUGCCCGUAUCCUGUUCUUCUUUGUCUUCCUCUCAUACCCAUUCAUCUCAUCUCGUCCCGUUGCUUCUCUUCCACGCCCUUCCUCUCCUCCUGGUCAUGCACUAUCCAUGACAUACUGUCGCCAGCAAGCCAGGCGGCAAGCCAGGCAGCAGCGGUGGCGGCAGCAGGCAGAGCUGGAAGGGUGCCUCCUCCUUACACCGCUGCUCUCACUUGGUUCUCAUUUCCCUCCCUCUCCUCCCGCUCUUCCCCUCUCUUCCCCCCCAUCUCCCCUUUCCUCCCACUCUCCCCCCUCUCUUCCCCCCCAUCCCCCCUCUCCUCCCACUCUCCCCCCUUUCUUCCCCCCCAUCUCCGCUUUCCUCCCAUUCCCCCCCCUCUCUUCCCCCCAUCUCCCCUCUCCUCCCACUCUCCCCCCUUUCUUCCCCCCAUCUCCGCUUUCCUCCCACUCCCCCCCCUCUCUUCCCCCAUCUCCCAUUCCUCCCACUCCCCCCCUCUCUUCCCCCCAUCUCCCCUCUCCUCCCACUCCCCCCCUCUCUUCCCCCCAUCUCCCCUUUCCUCCCACUCCCCCCCUCUCUUCCCCCCCAUCUCCCCUCUCCUCCCACUCUCCCCCCUUUCUUCCCCCCAUCUCCGCUUUCCUCCCACUCCCCCCCCUCUCUUCCCCCCAUCUCCCAUUCCUCCCACUCCCCCCCUCUCUUCCCCCCAUCUCCCCUCUCCUCCCACUCCCCCCCUCUCUUCCCCCCAUCUCCCCUUUCCUCCCACUCCCCCCCUCUCUUCCCCCCAUCUCCCCUUUCCUCCCACUCCCCCCCUUUCUUCCCCCCCAUCCCCCCUCUCCUCCCACUCUCCCCCCUUUCUUCCCCCCAUCUCCGCUUUCCUCCCACUCCCCCCCCUCUCUUCCCCCCAUCUCCCCUCUCCCCACUCUCCCCCCUUUCUUCCCCCCAUCUCCGCUUUCCUCCCACUCCCCCCCCUCUCUUCCCCCCAUCUCCCCUUUCCUCCCACUCCCCCCCUCUCUUCCCUCCAUCUCCCCUCUCCUCCCACUCCCCCCCUCUCUUCCCCCCAUCUCCCUUUUCCUCCCACUCCCCCCCUCUCUUCCCUCCAUCUCCCCUCUCCUCCCACUCCCCCCCUCUCUUCCCCCCAUCUCCCUUUUCCUCCCACUCACCCCCUCUCUUCCCUCCAUCUCCCCUCUCCUCCCACUCCCCCCCUCUCUUCCCCCCAUCUCCCUUUUCCUCCCACUCCCCCCCCUCUCUUCCCCCCAUCUCCCCUCUCCCCACUCUCCCCCCUUUCUUCCCCCCAUCUCCGCUUUCCUCCCACUCCCCCCCCUCUCUUCCCCCCAUCUCCCCUUUCCUCCCACUCCCCCCCUCUCUUCCCUCCAUCUCCCCUCUCCUCCCACUCCCCCCCUCUCUUCCCCCCAUCUCCCUUUUCCUCCCACUCCCCCCCUCUCUUCCCUCCAUCUCCCCUCUCCUCCCACUCCCCCCCUCUCUUCCCCCCAUCUCCCCUCUCCUCCCACUCCCCCCUCUCUUCCCUCCAUCUCCCCUCUCCUCCCACUCCCCCCCUCUCUUCCCCCCAUCUCCCUUUUCCUCCCACUCCCCCCCUCUCUUCCCUCCAUCUCCCCUCUCCUCCCACUCCCCCCCCUCUCUUCCCCCCAUCUCCCCUCUCCCCACUCUCCCCCCUUUCUUCCCCCCAUCUCCGCUUUCCUCCCACUCCCCCCCCUCUCUUCCCCCCAUCUCCCCUCUCCUCCCACUCCCACCCAUCUCUUCCCCCAUCUCCCCUUUCCUCCCACUCCCCCCCUCUCUUCCCCCCAUCUCCCCUUUCCUCCCACUCCCCCCCUCUCUUCCCCCCAUCUCCCCUUUCCUCCCACUCCCCCCCCUCUCUUCCCUCCAUCUCCCCUCUCCUCCCACUCCCCCCCUCUCUUCCCCCCAUCUCCCUUUUCCUCCCACUCCCCCCCUCUCUUCCCUCCAUCUCCCCUCUCCUCCCACUCCCCCCCUCUCUUCCCCCCAUCUCCCUUUUCCUCCCACUCCCCCCCUCUCUUCCCCCCAUCUCCCCUCUCCUCCCACUCCCCCCCUCUCUUCCCCCCAUCUCCCCUUUCCUCCCACUCCCCCCCUCUCUUCCCCCCAUCUCCCCUUUCCUCCCGCUCCCCCCCUCUCUUCCCUCCAUCUCCCCUCUCCUCCCACUCCCCCCCUCUCUUCCCCCCAUCUCCCUUUUCCUCCCACUCCCCCCCUCUCUUCCCUCCAUCUCCCCUCUCCUCCCACUCCCCCCCUCUCUUCCCCCCAUCUCCCUUUUCCUCCCACUCACCCCCCUCUCUUCCCCCCAUCUCCCCUUUCCUCCCACUCCCCCCCUCUCUUCCCCCCAUCUCCCCUCUCCUCCCACUCCCCUCCUCUCUUCCCCCCAUCUCCCUUUUCCUCCCACUCACCCCCCUCUCUUCCCCCCAUCUCCCCUCUCCUCCUGGUCAUGCACUAUCAGGACGACCUAUCGACGUCGGCAAGUCAGGAGGCAGCGGCGGCAGCAGGUGGAGCAGGCAGAGCUGGAACGAUGGAUGGAGAUACUCCUAG